AUGACAGAUUCACGAUCUUAUAAAGAAAAAUACUACAAACUAAAAGAAAAAUUCGAGAAUCUUAAUAAGCAAAAGGAAGAUUUAAAACAUAGUUUAGAAGUCAAUAAACACAGGUCAAGAAGAUUAAAAGAAGAAAAUAAUAGCAGUUCUUCUGAUGAAUUAUUAUCGGAUGCAACUUCUGAAGAUGUUGAAGAUGUUCCAAUGCAAGCUACUAAUAAAUACGCGUCUUUUUCAUCUACAAAAUCUUCCGGUAAACGUAAAGCUGAAGAAUCUGUUCCUGUUGAGGAAGCCCAAACACAAAAACGUCGCCGUAAACCAACAACUGUUAAGAAGAAGCGUGACGAUCGUACUGAUGCCAAGAGAAUUGAGCCAUUACCUAUGAACCCUGAUGAUACGCUAAAAUUACCUGUAACAAUUGGUAAAGGAACCAACGAAGUCUCUAUUCAUAGAAUAGGUGAGAUUGUAUGGGAUAGAGAAGCUUAUCACACUAAUCGUUAUAUAUUUCCUGUUGGUUUUAUGAGUAAAAAACAAUAUUUAAGUGCUGUUGAUGUUACUAGAAGGACAACUUAUACAAGUGAAAUUUUAGAUGGUGGUGACACUCCAAUUUUUCAAAUUACAGCAGAGGAUCAACCAGGACGUAAGUUUAGUGCAAGUUCGUCAAGCGGUGUCUGGAAAAAAAUCCUUGAUGAAAUUAAUGUACAAGGCGUUCCUUCAAAAACUCAUGCAAGUGGUCCUGAAAUGUUGGGUCUGAGUCACUUAGGAAUCACAAAAUACAUACAAGAAUUGCCUGGAGCAGAAAAAUGUACAAAAUAUGUUAUGCAAAGAUGGGUAGAUGACGAUGAUGAUCAUGAGAAUGAAAAUAACGAUGUUGAUAAUUUUAGUAAAAUUUCUAAUAAAGUUUCUAAAUCCACAAAUGGUUAUCAUUAG